AUGCCUCUCUUGUCAUGCAUUGAAGGCUCGCUGCAGUGCGCUGGCCUUCCUCAAGUCCCUUCUCCUGAACCGUCGCCUCAGUCAACCACAGACGGCAACACCAAUGUGUCGACUUACACUUCCAGGACAACCGACUCUCGCGGCAACCAGGCGGAGCUAGAUAUCCAGCGACGACCUCUCCAUCCUGAUAUGGAGUUGCCGUCCAAGGAGGUUGUAAUGAAAGCAAUCGAAGAUUUUUUCCAUCACAUCCACCCUGUUGGUCAUUUCGCUUUCCUUCACAAGGCCUCGUUGAUCCAAGGUUACUCGACGGGCCAAACCGAUCCUGAGUUUGUAUUUGCUCUCUGUGGCCUAACAUAUGGCAUUCUCAGCCCAGUGCCCGAAAUGCAGGAACAAGCAGUGGCCUGGAUAGAAAAAGCCGAGAGUACGGUUCUGAAAUCUCUUGGGCAUCCGUCCAUCUUCAAGAUUCAGUCCAUGCUCUUGAUCAUUGACUAUAGGAUAUAUUUCAGGGACAGAUCAAGUGCCUUCAUGCUCUUGGCAAUAGCCGCAAGGUUUGCAUACGGCAUGAGAUUGAACUAUGAGGACCAUUCACUAUGUUUUCUGGCCCAAGAGUCCAGAAGGCGUGUGAUGUGGGCUCUUUAUAUCCUCGACACGAAGGUGGCAGGCGGACUCCGAGAAUUCACCGCUUGUCCUAUUGAAACAAUCAAUGUGCAAUUACCAUGCCGGGAAGAAGGCUUUGAACUGGAUGUCCCCCAAAGCACCGGAUCCUUGGAAUCCAUAGCACAAUCGCCCUCGUCAUCACAAGUUGGCCUCCUCACUCAUUACAUCAGGAUAAUGAAUAUUCGAGAUCGCAUUUUGAGAUACACAAAACAAGCGGCGGCGAGGGACCAUGUCGGCUCUAACCGGCCCAAUGCCGUUCGGGAUUUUGAAAUCGAGCUUCAGCUGUACGCUUCCACGCUUCCACAGUCCUUGAUCUUCUCGGUGAGAAACCUCCGCCUCCGUGCCUUUUCACAUUGGCUUCCUCGAUAUAUCAUGAUUCACGUGUGGUGGCACCAGUGUCACUGUGAUCUCUACCGACUUCUGUUCACUGGACUCCGCGAAGCAGUUUCGAAGAAGACUCUACAACAGAUUGACCCUGAUCUGAUUGCGUACUGCCAGUCCCGAUGUGUGGACCAUGCUCGAGCAAUGGCAGCAGAAAUAUUUGCUCCACUACUGGAUUUGGAGGUUGAAACAAAGGUUAUGGAUUCUGACAUAGCAGUCUGCGCCUAUCAAAGUGCAAGAAUACUUUUCCACGCUUAUCGGACGAAUGCUGAAAAGUUUUCUCUGGAGGAAGAGUCUACACUGCUUCAAACGGGUUAUUGCUCUGCCGUCUUGGAAAAGUUCUGCCCAAAUAUCCCAACAGCAAUCAUGAUCCGACAAGACAUCGAAGAUCUCAUUACUGGCGGUAUCUCAUCGCUGUCCUCAGCUAGUGGGCCGAGCUCACCACGGGCUCAAGCUAAGGAUUCGAGCCAGGGAGGCGGAUUUAAUGCCGAAGCUACACCGAGACAGAUACUCUCUCGACACUCUUUCCUCAGAGACACCGCCUUUGCUGAUGACAGUGCAAGACUGAUCGCGUCACUCGAGAUGGCUCGGACCACACAGCCAGUCUCCCUCCAAAAACCCCCUACUCCUCAGCGAGUAGCCAGUGGCUCAAUCAGACAAAACAGCCGUAGUGAUGACUCUCUGAAGUUCACGGAAAAUCCAUCCUCAAAUGCAGUUUUUUCCCGCAUUGAUGAGGGGGCUUACAGAACAGUCGACGAGCCUUUAGGCUCUUCAAAUGUUGAAUUUACGUUUGGUACUGAAAAUAUGCAACCAGAUUGGUCAAGCAACACCGCAUAUCAAGGAGCGUGGGGCGAGAGUCACCAGGUGUUUGAUCCAUUGGUCAACAGCAUGUAUUACCAGAGUGACUGGGACAUGCGGGAUUUCAUGCAAGGGAAGUGGUUUGACUAG